CGUUCAUGAUUUAACUCAAGACACAGACAGUGAUAAUGAAGAUGAUGAAAGUGUUUGUGACCUAACUCAAGAUAUCGAUUCGGACAAGGUUCAGACAACACUAGAUGAAUUUGAUUGCGGUGAAGAGGUAGCUGAUAUUCAAGAAAGUGAGGAAGAAGAAAAUGAUGUGUAUUAUGAGAAUGAAUCAAUCGAAUAUUCAAAUGCUUGGGACUAA